UGGACCACGAGAAGAAUCAUUGCAAAGUGCGUACGCAAGCCGUUUCUUCGAAAUGUGCCGAUUUAUCGGUAAUAAAAGUGGAACCGACCGAUAAUGACGAAGCUCCAACGGAGUCUGCUGCAACGGCCAUGUCCUAUCAACAAGCUCUCGUUGGAUCCAAUUUUGAGCAGCAUCCUUCCGCAACAACAAGAUGCAGCAGGUGUCAGCAAGAGUGCUACAACGUGGCGUUUUUGGAGGAACAUAUUGCGCAAAUUCAUUCUGAGGAUAGCGCGAAAGUAGCUUCUCGUCAAAAGCUUACGACCGAGGAGGGCAUGACACCCGAAGUCAUCAGCCAUGAUCCUCCUAUUGUCCCAUUUGAACAAGUUAUGUUGCUACAACCUCAAACUGUAAAAAUCAAAGAAGAAACACCAGCAAAUCAGGUCUCGAUAGAUCGGUGGUCUGAUAACACACUUGUGGAAAUCAACCAGUAUCGUUCAAAUGAAGUUUCGACUUCAGAAGGAUCAAUAAAAACCGAGGCAAUGGAUGUAGAGCAAGACGGUAUUCCCGCUGAAGAAACGUCGACUAGCACCAACGUGGGCUCCAGAACUGAUCCUGAAAUUCAAAUCACCAUCCCGGCUGAAGGUGUUAAACAGUACAUGGAGCAGCUUGAAUAUGGCUUCCGAAUCCGAACAAGAAAGCAAAAAACCUUCGGUAAUUACGAGUCGUAUUACUGCAAUCGUGUCCGACCCAAAUGCAAACAGCAAUGUGAAAGGAGAGUGGUGGUCAUUAUAAACGAUCUCGAAGCAGCCGUCAGCAUUCGGGGUAAUCAUACAUGUCAUCUGCUUUCGGCAGAUUCUCUGUCACGUCACGCGUUGGUGUUGCAUAAAAAUCCACCUCCGCCUCAGAGUAGCGUGACAGCACCUCACAAAUCUAUUGUUCCUGGAGUUGCUUCUCUUGGACACAUGCCAUUUAGAGAACAGGAGAAGUUUGACCCCUCGGAUUCAACAUCAUUAACUAAUGCGUUGAUGGAUUUCAAUCAAACUGACGAAACAGAAACUGCUGAACAUCGUCCAAACAACGCAUUCGCAGAUUAUGAUGGGGACGACACUUUUUCCGCGUCAAACGUAACUGUUCCAUCGGAAAGUAGUGGUCCAAGUACGAUCGCGUCGGAUGGCUACCAAUUUCACAGAACCAUACCGGUGGAGCAGCUCGACUCCUACUUGGAAUCGCACGAGUUCGGGUACACGUUCCGACUGAAGAGGAAGAACUCCAAAGGACAAAAUAAGUAUUACAUUUGUCGGAGCAUCAAAUAUCGUGUUCGGCCGCAGUGUGAACGGAAACUGCGGGUUUACACGGCGCAUGAUGACGCUCAAGAGGCGACCAUUUCCAUCCGAGGCAAUCACACUUGCUUGACUGCUCCGAUCUCUCAUUUGAGCCGGCAAACGUUGCAAAGACUUUACUCAUCGGAGAAAGCUUCGGCAUCCCAAGGGAGCGGGGCGAUACGAAUACCGGAGGAAUCACCAGCACCAUCCAGCGAAAUCGUUGAAAACUGUAGCUCUGUAGUCAAGCAGGAGGUGUUGCCUUCGUAAAUUUUCUACUGAAGAUCUUCAAAUAUUAAAAAAUCCGGCCUUUUAAUUUAUUUUUAGUCAAUCACAGUGAUUGUAUAAAAACUCAACAGAAUAGAUUUUUUUUAAUAAAAGUUAGUUUUCUAUUAUAUUUUCUAUUAUAUUAAAUUUGAACCACGAUUUGAACAAA